UGAGGCAAAAGCGAGGAGCCGGGCUGUCCUUCCGCCGGCCUCUCUCGCGAGAAGAAGCGAAGCCGGGAGGCGGCGCUGAGGCGCUCCGGGGCUCCGGAUCGUCGCCUGGCCGUGCUUUCCCUCACCCGCCCGCCCGUCCUCGCUGGGGAAGCGUCGGCGCCUGCCCGGGGGCGCCCUUCCUUCAUGCCUCUGAGGCCGGGCCGCGCCGCCACGGAGCGGGCUCGCCGGCGUCGGCGCUCGGGAUGGCUGAGGCCGCGGAAGCGACCGCAGGAGGAGGAGGAGGAGCGGCCCCGGCUGAGGUCCCGGAGGGGCUGAGAGGGGCGGCCUCGGCGGUAGGGGAGGGAAAUGAUCUUCAGAUGGAAGGAACCCCAGACAUUUCCUCUGUCGUCUCAGGCCUUAUGCCUCCCAUAGCAAAGCCUGGUGCUACCAGUUUAGCCAAUGCAUUUGUGGUGGAGUUUCCAAGGAAACGCAAAGGAAGUGAUUCUGAUAACCAGUACACAGGUGACAUCGAAGCUGAUGAUCUCCAGAGCAGGAGUGAAGAUGAAGAACAUGUAAAAAUUAAAUAUUUCAGGGAGGCUCAUAGCCAAACAGAAAAGCGAAGAAGAGACAAAAUGAAUAACCUGAUAGAAGAAUUAUCUGCCAUGAUACCUCAGUGCAAUCCGGUAGCACGUAAACUGGAUAAACUUACAGUGUUAAGAAUGGCUGUGCAGCACUUAAAGCUGUUGAAAGGUUCUAGUAGUUCUUACUCAGAAGUCCGCUAUAAGCCUUCAUUUUUACAAGAUGAUGAACUCCGACAUUUGAUCCUUAAGGCUGCAGAUGGGUUCCUCUUUGUGGUUGGAUGUGACAGAGGGAAAAUCUUGUUUGUUUCAGAAUCAGUUUCCAAGAUUCUUAAUUAUGACCCAGCUACUUUGAUUGGGCAAAGUCUUUUUGACUAUCUUCAUCCAAAAGAUGUUGCCAAAGUGAAAGAGCAACUUUCAUCUUCAGAUGCUUCACCAAGAGAAAAGCUAAUAGAUGCCAAAACUGGGUUGCAAGUCCAUACUGAUUUUCAAGCAGGAUCAUCUGGCCUGCAUUCUGGUGCUCGGCGGUCAUUUUUCUGUCGAAUAAAAUGUACAAGAAACAUUGUGAAAGAAGAAAAAGAGCCUUUGCCAAGUGCAAAAAAGAAAGAUCAUAAAAAGUACUGUACUGUUCAUUGCACCGGGUAUCUGAAGAGCUGGCCUCCUAAUGAGGUGGGAGUAGAAGAAGAGAAUGAUGCAGAAAAAGGCAGUAGUAACUAUAACUGUCUUGUUGCUAUUGGGCGAUUACACCCUUACAUUAUUCCUCAAAAAAGCGGAGAAAUAACGGUGAAGCCAACUGAAUUUGUAACGCGUUUUGCCAUGGAUGGAAAAUUUGUUUUUGUAGAUCAACGGGCAACAGCAAUUUUAGGUUAUCUGCCUCAAGAACUUUUAGGAACUUCUUGCUAUGAGUACUUCCACCAAGAUGAUCAUAGUCAUCUAACUGAUAAACACAAAGCAGUGCUGCAGAGUAAAGAAAGAAUAUGUACAAAUUCCUACAAAUUCAAAGCAAAAGACGGUUCUUUUGUCACAUUAAAAAGCCAGUGGUUCAGUUUCGUAAAUCCAUGGACCAAAGAACUGGAAUAUAUUGUGUCAACCAAUACAGUUGUUCUAGGCCAUAAUGAGCCCAGUGAAGAAACACUGCUACCCUGUAGUUCCCUGUCUUCAGAAGACGUGCCAAAACCAUCAUUUCUUGGUGUACCAGGAAUGUCUACAGGAACUAUUCUUGGGGCCGGAAGCAUAGGAACAGAGAUCGCAAAUGAAGUCUUAGAUUUGCAAAGAUUACAUACGUCUCCACCUCUUGGCAAGUUAAGUCCGUCAGAUCUUAUGAGGAAGUCUUCUUCCCCAGUUACAGCAGUAAUGUGCAAUAAUGUGCCAAAUAAAGAACUGAUUCAAUUAUGUCCUUCUGUGAUGGAAGAUCUGGAAACUCCAGGGCAAAAUCCGGGCACUAUUUCAUUUCCUAGCAAUACAUCUCUUCUCAGUGACCCCACUCAGUUGGAUUUUGAAAGUGACACUACCAUGGCUGCUCUUAUGAAUUACUUGGAAGCCGAAGGGGGUCUGGGUGAUGCAGCAGAUCUAAGUGAGAUACAGUGGACCCUCUAGUUGCAUUUCUGCAUCUGAGAAGCAAUGCAAACAGCUUUUAAUGCACAAUAAUUCUUCAUCGUCAAGUACUGUAUUGGUACCUCUUAAGGCUUUAAUUCAUAUUUACACUAUUAUAUGUAUAUAUUUUUAAAAAUACCUGCCUUGUUCAUAAAGAAAUCAGUUUAGCUGCAUAUGUUGAAAAUAUGAGAUUUUUUAAAAGACCACACACAACCUCAGCUUGUUACUGAUACAAAUGGUGACUGGAGCGCUUAAAACAUGCUUAUAUUUUUACUGAAAAAAUCCUGAAGUAGAAUAUAUUGCAAAAUAGGCAUAGGAUUUUUUGUUCUGAAAUGUUCUAUUUUUUAAAAUAUUUAUUUAAGUUCCUAAUUUAUUAGCGUUGCUUCAAAAAUGUCUCUACUUGAGUAGCGUUAGAUGUUUUAAAAUGUCCAUUCCUGUAGUAUUGUAGUCUGUUAGAUGCUGUAUUUUAACUACAAAACCUGGGAUCAAGAAGUAGACAGUGAAGCUUUUGUUAAAAGGACCAAUCAUCAUGUUCAAAAGGAAAAAUGCAUUGUUUUGAUAUGAAACCAUUAGAGGCAGGUAGGAGGUAAGAGAACCUGUACUCCAUAUAUCUCAUUACAUCUGACAUUGGCAGCAGCCAGACAGAACAUGAGGCACACCAGGGAUGUAAAUGUUCAUAUCAGGCACUGUUGUGACAAUUGCAGAUGGCUCUAUUAGAACCUCUUAAAAGAGACAGAAUCGAUGACUAUUGGUACAAAGAUUAAGAUAGAGGUCGGGAUAUGGAUUGAAAUAAACAAGCUCAGGAAAAA